GGCCUUCCGUGCUUGCGGCCCGCCCUCCCCGCUGCCCCCUGUGAGGGCGGUGGGGGCGGGCGGGGAGCCUCUUAUUCUCCGGGAGGAGCGGGUGAGGGUCUCUCCCCUUUCCCUCACGGGUCAGGCCGCGUUUCCCCCGCCCUUCCUCAGAGCAGCGGGGCUGGCAAACAGCUUGGCGCCAGCCCGUUCCGGCUGUUGCCGCGCUGCCAAGCGUCCCCCGUUUACCCGUCACCCCCAGGCUGGCAGCAGCUGCCACCGCUUCCCGCCGCGGCCCGCUCGCCUUCUCCUCAUGCCGUGAGGGCCGGUCCCGGGCGAGUCCGGGCUUUGGCUGCCAGGGCCGCGUCAGGCACCCGCCCGCCCGCCUGGGAGUCCUUAGGGCGUUGUGUUUCGGUCUGCAUCCUCUGGGCGGAGAGGGUUCGGUUUCCUCCUCGGGUCGGACACUGUCCUACCCGAUAGUCCCGGGAAGGCAGCAUGGCGUGAGGACCUCGGAGAAGGGGCUGGAGUUGUAUGAUUUGAAACAGUCAACAUGGACUUUUCACGUCUACACACGUACACCCCUCCCCAGUGUCUGCCAGAGAACACUGGCUAUACAUAUGCACUCAGUUCAAGUUACUCGUCAUCUGCUUUGGAUUUUGAGACUGAAAACAAAAUAGAUCCAGUAUUUGAUUCACCGAGAAUGUCACGGCGUAGUUUACGGUUAGCUGCUGCAGGCCUUGGGAAAUCAGAUGAUGCAGGAAAUGAUAUCCUUCGUGACAGCUCUUACACUGGAAACAUAUCCUUCAGAGAUCAGUCUUCAAAGACAGUGAAACAACGCAGAAGUAUCAAUAAACAGGCUGGCAGUGCAAGACAUGCACCAAGGAAAAAUCUAUCCAGCUCUUCCAUUUUUAGCCAAAGCAGUUUCAAUAGCCAUGCCAGUGAUGCAUCAAUGGUGUCCACUGUAUUGGAUGAGUCUUUGAUUCAAGAGCAGACAGAAGUUGAUCAUUUCUGGGGUCUUGAUGAUGAAAGUGACCCUAAAGGAAGUGAUACUACCCUGAUGCAGGGAAAUGGUGAUGUAUCAACAGGAGAAACCCAGACCUCAGUGAUCAAUGGCUACACGUGCAGUGACUGCAGCAUGCUUUCCGAACGGAAGGAGGUUCUCACAGCAUAUUCAGCUUCUCAUGUGCCAUCUUCCAGAAUUUAUUCUAGGGAUAGGGGCCAGAAACAUGCAUCUAGAGGAACCUAUUUCUACAUGAGUAAGAUUCUGCGAUUGGUCAAAAAUGCUGCAACAUCGUUUGCAUCACUAUUAGUGCAACUAUUUCAAAUGGUUUGGCUGAAGCUGGGUUAUGAAUUUAAAGCUCACUCAGAUUACUGUGGAAGCAUGAAUGUGAAGGAGUUUUAUAGAGAAGACAGCCAUCUGGGUGUCAGUGAGGAGUCAAUAUGUGAUGACUGUAAGGGGAAGAAACAUCUUGAAAUACACACCACAGACCACAUGCAAUCCUCAUGGGCUCAAAGGGUAGCAAGGACCAUUUGGCACACCUUUUCUUAUGCAGGUUACUUUAUGGUUCACGUGUUGCGAACAGUGGGAGCAACAGGAUGGCUUGUGUCUCAGAAGGUGGUGUCUCUACUUUGGCUGGCCAUUCUUUCUCCAGGGAGGGCAGCUUCUGGCAUGGUCAGGUUGCUUAGAACUGGGUGGUAUCAACUUGUUACUUUGAUGUCUUUGCUCAAGGUGUUUCUUCUAAGAAGAUGCCUUCCAAAGAUCUACAAACAGUUACUGUUUCUUAUCCCACUCCUGUUUCUCCUAGGUAUUUGGUACUGGGGGUUUGGUGGCUUCAUUUCAUUACUACCUUCAUUUAACUGGACAAGAAGUGACAGAAUACAGGGAAUAGAUGACUCUGUUUAUGUUCCUGAACCAGAGGCUGAUUCUUUUCACUCUGUGCAACCUCCAAAGGAUACCAUGGAUACAACUUUUGAUUCUGGUCGUAUACAAGAUCUGGAAAAGCAACUGGCCUUCAUAUCUGACAGAUGCCAUCUCCAUGAUGAACAAUACAGCAAAGUGAUGCUUCUGCUCCACAAUCUUCAAGAUCAGGUUGCCCAGAUGAGUGACAAAAGUGAAACAUUGAUACUAAUAAAAAAUGUGAUGAGUCAACAUCUUAAAGAUGUGAAAUUGGAGGGCAAGAGUGACUUCCUGGCUUCUCAUCAAGAGCAUGAGCUGCGUAUCCAGACACUGGAAAACCUUCUUGGAAAACUCUCAGCUGAAUCCAAGGACAUCCAGAAGCAGCUUGACAUAGCCAAAACAAAAACAGUGAGAGAUGAUGAUGACCAUAAUCAGCUUUUGUCCAAAGUUAAACAGCUAGAACUGGAGUUGUCUCGGAUGAAAUCAGAGCUGUUAGCUGUGGAAAGUGUGAAGACAAGCUGUGAGAAAAUAGAUGCCAUUCAUGAAAAAGUAGAUGCCCAGGUCAAAGAAUCUGUCAAGCUAAUGCUCUUUGGUGAUCAACAAGAAGACUUCCCUGAAUCUCUUCUCCAAUGGAUUACAUCCAAUUUUGUGAGCAGAGAUGAUCUGCAGACUUCGCUGCGGGAGCUCGAGUUGCAGAUCCUCAAGAAUAUUUCCCUCCAUCUGUCUGUUACAAACCAAAAGCUAACAUCAGAAGUGGUAACAAAUGCUGUGACUAAUGCAGGGAUUUCUGGAAUCACGGAAGCGCAAGCACAGGUAAUUGUCAACAAUGCACUGAAGCUCUACUCUCAAGACAAGACGGGUAUGGUGGAUUUUGCCUUGGAAUCUGGAGGUGGCAGCAUUCUGGGUACUCGCUGUUCUGAAACCUAUGAGACCAAAACUGCAUUAAUUAGCCUUUUUGGAAUUCCUCUGUGGUACUUCUCUCAGUCUCCCAGAGUGGUGAUUCAGCCGGACAUGUAUCCAGGAAACUGCUGGGCUUUCCGAGGAUCACAGGGGUACCUUGUAGUGAGGCUUUCCAUGAAGAUCUAUCCAACUGCCUUUACAAUGGAACACAUACCAAAAACACUUUCACCAACAGGAAAUAUCACCAGUGCUCCUAGGAACUUCUCAGUAUAUGGUCUAGAUCAUGAAUAUCAAGAGGAAGGCACACUCCUAGGACAGUAUGAGUAUGAUGAAGGAGGAGAACCACUGCAGAUGUUUCCAGUGAUGGACAAAAGUGAAAGUGCAUUCCAAAUAGUGGAACUGAGAAUUCUUUCUAACUGGGGCCACACAGAGUACACAUGCCUGUAUCGGUUCAGAGUGCACGGGAAACCUGCCGAGUAAUCUCCUACACUACAGCCUGGGUUGGGUUUGUUGUACAUUAUGUUCUCAAUUUGUAUAUACAGGAAAGCCUAGAACACUGGAAUCUCUAAAGGACAAGGAUGCAAGAUCUAUACUGCAGAACUAUUGAUCCUCUAAUAAAGGCAGAAAACUGGCAGCAGAACUGUAUAAAACUUUUCAUUUGCUCCGAUGCUCAGCUUGUAAUUGCCAGUUAGCUUUCUAUUUUUGUGUCCAUGCUGAGAGAAAUAAUGCAUGCAAACUACUCUGGUUCAUAAAGCCCAGUUGGCAAACAGGCAACACCUUUUUUUAACUACAAAUGAAUGUAUAGGCUUUUUCAAAAAAAUAAAACACACUUUCUGCAACUAGGAAUCUGGUUUUUUGUUUUGUUUUUGUUGUUUUUAAGUCCAGGAAUUAACUGCAUAUAUCUGUUAGCUUGGCACCAUAAACCAAAAACUGUGGUACGUUUUAAACACUGACUGUGGCUGGUGUCCUUCAGCUGACCCUUGGUUUGACCUUUUUGGUGGAUCCAAAAGGGCUUCUUUGAUACAUGUUGAAUAUAAUAAACCUUACUGUCAGGGAAAGUUAACACAACCAAAACUAGCUAAAACACCAGCUACUGAGAAUGCUUUACUGUAAUUUGUGGCUGUGAAUUGCUCUGAAAGUCAGGGAUAACUUUUAACUGAAGUUUAUUUAAGGGUUUUUACCAUAGCAGUUUGGCUUCUUUGUUGUUCUUCAGUGUAAAUUCCAAAUCAACCUCGAUGUACUGACUAACUGUAUUGGAGCUGAUAAGCCUGCUAAUUUGUUUUGUAAACGUUAGUAUACAACAAUAAAAGAACCUUAAUUUGUUGAAAAUAAUCUCUUUAGGACAAGAAUUCCUCAGGGUGGUUCACUGUUAAACUCUGUGAGCAUCAUACUCCUGGAAUGCAGUAUGUGGAAAGCAUGACUGAAGUGAGCCUCACUACUACACAUUUACAAGAGGGACUUCUGCUCAGUGCUGCUGCACUGAGGUACAUGGGCAUUCUCUGAUCACCCCAGAAACCUUAGCCAGGUAUGAGGAGAGCUGAUUCUUCCUCUCAGAAGCAGCAUUUCCACAUAAACUGAGAUCUAAGUACACCCCUUGGCAUUGUAACUUGGAAAAAUCCUUUUCAGAAAAGACUUUGGAAUUGCACUUGUAUGCAGAAUUUUUAUCUUGCUGUUAUAAUGCAUUUUUAUAGUUACACAUGAACUGUUAACACAUGGAACUGCUGACUGGUUUUCUGAAUAGAGUUAUGUAUAUUGCACAACAGUCCUCGAAUGUUUUAAAAACAAAAAAAAAGUCUCCUUGUGAAGAACUUUUUUUUUUUCACUUGAGCUAGAGAUGGAAUCCAUGGCCUAAACAGAGGAGCUAGACCAGAUGUGUACAGCUGUUUUCAUAUAGGUUACAUAUUUAAAUUUUGAAUUAUGCUGUAUAAAUUGAAAUUAGGUAGCUGGGGUGGGAAGAUUUUGAAUAACACUAACUUAUUUUUUAAAAAAAAAAGCAAGAUAGGACUUUGUGCAAUGUAUUUUUGUAAAUGCUUUUCAAAAUGUCUUGUUAUUCUUUGCUGCCUCCAAACUGACAAGAUGCUAUUGAGAUGUUUAAAUAAAGAAGAGUUUUAAUUUUUGAA